AAGGACAUGCACGACAUAUUAGGAUAAUGUUAUGCAGGACCAUAUUCUAUGUGUAUUACAGGAUGAGAAGUGAACGUGUAGGUUUACACAUGCUAUAAUAACAAAUAAUGCAUGGGCCACGGAUGGCAACCUCCACGCAGAGAUUUGACGGGAAUAAUCUGUUAUCUGUUAUCUCUUUGUCUUCUCCACCAGUAUAGGUUAACUGUCACGCAAGCUCAUCACGUAAAAUGUAUCUUUUACACCACCAAAUGUUAAUAAGCACCAAUAAAUUUUACACACAUAUUCUUUACACUUUUUUCACACGCUUAUUAUGUUACGAUUAUGUCUUGGAAGCAGUUUUGUUAGCAUGGGGUUAGUUUAAGGGGUUGUAUCAGAAAGCUUUAAAUGUUAAUAACGUUCAUUAUGUAGGGAGAAUAUGAGUCUUUUACAUUGAAACUCAACACCUUCUACCUUCUAUGAUAGCUGAAUGAAAUUGUAUGUGAGUGCAAGGAACGACAACUCUGCGAUGAGAUUGCAGGGAUGGGUGCACAAUAAGUGUAAUGUAACCACAAGUAUCAACAAAGAUGGCAGACAAGAAAAAAGUGAAGGAAGAAAAACCUAUUGUUGUUGCUAAAAAUGCGGCCGAGUUACAAAAACUUCGCCUUGAAAAGCUUAUGAGUAAACAUGAAAAGCCUGUGUUCAUUCCAGAAAAGUCAAAAGAAUACAAACCUAGGGAACCAUUAGAAUUUGUGAGAAAUAUUUGGGGUUCUAGCGCUGGUGCUGGCAGUGGAGACUUUCAUGUGUAUCGAGGUGUGAGGCGGAGAGAAUAUGCGAGGCAGAAGUUCAACAAGGAAAAGAAUGCUAAGGAAGAUGCUGAUGCAGCAUUCCGCAAAAAGGUUGAGGAAAACAUGAAGCAAGCUGAUGAAAGAACUGCAAAGAAAAGAGCUAAACGGCUCAAGAAAAAGCAGAAACAGAAAAAUAAAAAGCCUAAGAAAGAUAAAGAAGAAGAAUCUGAUGAUGAAGAGGAAGAAGAGGAGGAAGACAGUGAUAGGGACACAGCAGAUAAAACAGACAGCCCAAUAGGGGAUGAAAGUAGCCGAACAGGGGACGAAAAUAGCCGAACAGGGGACGAAAAGAGCCGAACAGGGGACGAAAAUAGCGGAACAGGGGACGAAAAUAGCCAAACAGGGAACGAGAAUAGCCGAACAGGGGACGAAAAUAGCCCUACAGGGGACGAGAAUGGCCGAACAGGGGACGAGAAUGGCCAAACAGGGGACGAGAAUAGCCGAACAGGGGACGAGAAUGGCUGUAUAGGGGACGAGAAUAGUCGAACAGGGGAUGAGAAUGGCCGCACAGAGGAUGAGAAUAGCUGUACAGGGGACAAUAAUGGCCGUACGGAGGAUGAGAAUAGCUGUACAGAGGACAAGAUCGGCCGUACAGAGGAUGAAAAUAGCUGUACAGGGGAAGAGAAUAGCUGAAAAGGGGACAUAAAUAGCUGUACAAGGGACAAGAAUAGUCAAACAGAUGAUAACAACCUUGAUGGGGAUGAUAAAGAGUCAAACAUGACCCAAAAACGUAAUUUUGCAGUUUAAGAAUGCACAGAAAAAUGUCAUGAGGGUUCAGGUGUGUCUGACUCUGACAGCAAGAAAAUGAUGAGACAUCAUUUUGUAUAGUGCAGGAUUAUAACAAUUUGAGGAUAUAAUGCAUGUGUGUAAAGUGUCGUCCCACAUUAGCCUGUGCAGUCGACACAGGCAAAUCAGGGACGACACUUUCUGCCUAAAUUGGAUUAUUGCUAAGAAGAGACUUCAUUUAAACGAAAAAUGUCAUAAGAGCGGAAAGUGUCACACCUGAUUAGCCUGUGCAAACUGCUCAGGCUAAUCUGGGACAAUACUUUACGCACAUACAUUAAGCCCAGUUUUCUCAGAAUGCGACUCAUUUGAACAUGAAACACUUGUCUUCGAUGUAGAAAUGUUUAGCAGCUACAAAAGUUUUCUCUUGAACCUUUGUUAUAAUAUAUAUAUAUAUAUAUAUAUAUAUAUAUAUAUAUAUAUAU